CAGAAAAUGGACCCCGUCUACUUGUGGUAGCAGAGCAAGCUAAAAUCUUCUCCCACCGGGGUGGCAAUGUCACACUGCCAUGUAAAUUUUACCAUGAACACACAUCAACAGCUGGCUCAGGAACCCACAAGAUCCGGAUCAAGUGGACCAAACUCACCUCAGAUUACCUCAAAGAAGUGGACGUCUUUGUUGCAAUGGAACACCACAGAAAGAGCUACGGAAACUACCAGGGCAGAGUGUUGCUGAGGGAAAGCAGUGAGAACGAUGCCUCUCUUAUAAUUACAAAUAUAAUACUGGAGGAUUACGGGAGAUAUAAGUGCGAGGUGAUUGAAGGAUUAGAGGAUGACACAGCGAUGGUAGCUCUGAAUCUGGAAG